GGCCUUUGAAGUCUAUCUUGAGUUAUGAUUUGGAUCUACUGGUAGAGUCCAUGGAAUCACGGAGUCUCCUCAGAGAUUAGACGGUAGAAGAGAGAUAUAAAAGGCAUCUCCAUUCCAUCAUUCUCCCGAUCUCUCAGACCAUUCAUCAGAGACCACAAGAGACUCAAGAAAGAUAUCUCUUUAUACCAUACGCCUUCACAGCAUUCUUGUUUACCGAAAGAGUAUCCUUCAAGAUGCAGUUCCGCCUUAUGCCCAUUGUCUCUCUCCUCAGCGCGAUCGCUGCAACCUCUGCCGCGUCGUCUGUGCAAACCAGGGAUUCUUGCCCCAACCCUCUUCUCUGCUGUCCUGAACUGAAGACUCCGUUGGACCCGACGGUCGACCCGAUCCUGCAGACAUUGGGAGUCAAUGCCACUGCUAUUGUUGGCUCAAUUGGGUUGGAAUGUAAGUGAUUGUGUACUUAUUGAUUAUACAUCUCACUAUUGUGGCUAUACUGACCAUUUCUACUCGCAGGCAAGGUAUACGAUGACUCAUGCUCGACUGCUCCCAAGUGCUGCACGGAAGCCUUUUUACUCGUAAGUUCUGCGGAGAAGGACGGCGAGUGGAUCCGGUAACUAAUGAAUAUGGUACUUGUUCAGGGAGGAACUGUUGCUAAUUGAGUUUCGGAACGCGGACAGGACAGAUAGUAUCACUAUACUUCACGUGGGAGUAUCAGUGUACGGUAUCCAUAAUUUGUAUUUUCUUUGAUAAUUGGACAUUAUUUAACUAGUUAUCCAU